GUUGCCAUUACUAUUUCAGCUCCUGGCUCGAAUUGAGCGCAUGGAAAGGAGGAUGCAGCUGGUGAAGAAAGAUAAUGAGAGAGAGAAACACAGGAUUUUUCAAGGGUAUGAAACAGAAGAGAAGGCUGAGUCGGAAGCAUCUGACAAAUUACAGAUUGAGUACCAGCAGGAUCUCCUGGAGACUUCCCAGACCCUGCCUCCCAAACACUUCUCGUAUGGAAGAAAUGGAAAGGGACAUAAAAGGAAGUCGGCGUUUGGAAGUGCAGAGAGGAAAACUCCAGUUAAAAAGCUGGUGACUGAAUUUUCAAAAGUCAAAAGCAAAACUUUGAAGCACUCUCCAAUGAAAGAGGAGUCAAGUAGCUCUUUACCUGAAACUGUUUGCAAACGUGAACUGAGGAGCCAAGAGACUCCAGAAAAAACCCGAUCUCUAGUGGACACUCCACUAAAACCAUCCACCCCCUUGCGAGGUCCCAGUGCCCAUCCCAAGGAUAAAAGUUUUUCCAGCGAUAUAGAAGAUCUGCCAUACCUCUCAACCACAGAAAUGUAUUUGUGUCGUUGGCAUCAGCCUCCCCCAUCACCAUUGCCGUUACGAGAGCCCUCCCCAAAGAAGGAGGAGACUGUAGCAAUUCCUUCUUGGAGGGACCAUGUUGUAGAGCCCUUGAGAGACCCAAACCCUUCAGAUCUCUUGGAGAAUCUAGAUGACAGUGUAUUUUCCAAAAGGCACGCAAAACUGGAGCUGGAUGAGAAGAGGAGGAAAAGAUGGGAUAUCCAGAGGAUCAGGGAACAAAGAAUUCUACAGCGACUGCAGCUCAGAAUGUAUAAAAGGAAAGGAAUUCAGGAAUCUGAGCCUGAAGUUACCUCAUUUUUCCCUGAGCCAGAUGAUGUGGAAAGCUUGCUGAUUACCCCCUACUUGCCUGUUGUAGCAUUUGGCCGACCAUUACCAAAACUAACCCCACAAAACUUUGAGCUGCCCUGGCUGGAUGAACGAAGCCGUUGUCGGCUGGAUACGCAAAAGAAGCAGACGCCUCACCGAACGUGCAGAAAAUAACUGCGUGGACAAGAGAGCUUUGCAUUGCAAUGGGUGUAGCAGGCCAUUUGUAACAAGUGGCCAGGGACUUUAUAUGUUGUUCAGUCACAUGACUCUUUGCCCUCAUGUAUAUUCUUGUUUGCUGAUUCCUACCCCCCCAUGCCUCUCCUUCUGUUUUUUUUGUUUUGCUUUCAUUCUACAAAAAAACUCUUUACCUAGCUAAUUAACUGUGGCUUUGUUCUUUUAGUUUUUGUUCUCUCUUUCCUUGGUAGCAAGCUCUCAAGCUUUUACGCUGAAGCAGUAAGGCUGGAAGCUCAAGUGGCAUCUUUUUGCUGCUUGUGCAAGCUUUUUUUCUAGCUGCUGUGGCCACUACCGUUUUGUAAGAGGCCUUGUGAAGGUAGGUGAGCCUAAAAAACAAAACAAAACAGAAGGCCUGGCUUGACAGCUGGCCCACCUGUAAGUUCUCCUCAUGGUCAUUGCCUGCCUGUUGGCUCAGCAAGUGGUGCCCAUCACUCCUGCAGCUGCCUUUUUUUUAUGACAUGCAGCUUGGAAGCUUAAGGUUUUAGAGUGAAGGGAACUCAUAAGCCCAAAUCUUGCAUGGUGAGAACUUGCAGAUGGGGACCAACCUUAAGGUACAGCAGGCCAAGUUAGGCCAAUUCCCCUCACACCGUCACUCCAAAACAAAAACCAGUCUGAGGAAAGUUGGCUUGGUUGCAACUUCCUCUUGCCUGACAGAUCAGGCUUCUAUUAUUGUGCCUGUGUUGUGCGCUUUUUUUUUUUUUUUUUUUUGCUGCUGCUUGUGUU